AUGAAUUUUGAAGUACCUAGUAUUCCAAAUCCAUUUGGUAAUAAUGGAUUAAUGGGUAUUAAUGCACAACAACAACAAUUAACUUCACCACAAUAUCCAAAAGCAAAGGUAGAAGCAUCAACCAAAAAGAAUUCAAAAGAUGGACAGUUUCAUCCAACAUCACCAGGUUUGAUGAGAAAAUCUUCUCCGUUGAUUGGAUCACCACUCGGUUCAUCAAUGAAUACACAUCACCAUAAUAAUCUACUCUCACAAAAACCAGGAUCGAAAAUCGUUUUCUCUCAAUACCUAGAGAUCGUAGAACAAGAGUGUAUAUCUGUUGAGAAUGUUAUUUUAAAUAAUAGAAAUUCCAACGUUCAUAUCGUUGUCAAAAACACAUCAUUCGUCCUGAAAAUUCGUAGUCUCGAUUUGAGUGCCAUCAAUUUCACCAGUUGUCAUGUCAAAGCCGGUCUCUAUUACGCCAACGAACCAAUGAAAGAGGUCAGCUUCAUCCAGACCCCACCAAUUACCUACGUCGGUAGCAGUUGCCCAGCCGGUGAAUACUUUACCAUUGAUAUAAAGAUUUCCAUACUCUCCAGUCAGCAUCAAGGCAAUAUGUUCUACGUAAUGCUGCACGCGAUUGACUCUGGCAACAAGAAUGCCUCGCACUACUAUCUAUCCCAUCCAAUCAGAGUUGUCUCCAAAGUCGACCAUAUUAAAAAAGAUCCAAACGGAUCCUGUGAAAAGAAACAAACAUUCAUUGAUAUUUUAACAGACCGUUUGAAUACCCUCGAAUCCAUACACGUAGGACAAUCUAAUAUUCUUUGUUCAAUGUUAAAGCAACGUGGUUUACCAGCCUCUGAAUACUCUUACAGCGAGUUGGAUCCACUGGACAUCAACAGUACUACAAGCUCUCCACCUUCGUCACCGUUUGUUCUUAGUGCUGAGGGUACACCAAUCGCAAAUGGCAGUUCUAAAUUACACCAUAAAAAACUGAAACAACAACAACAACAACAACAACAACAACAAGAGGAAGGAAAAUCAAGUAAUAAAAAGAAGGCCGAACAAUUCCUAGAUAGUUUUAAUAAUGUAAUAAGAGUAUAUAAGAAAGAGAAUCUCGAUAGCAAGAAGUUGAAUUUCCUAGAGAAUCUUACCAAUGAUGAAAGAAAUAUAUUAAGCGAUCUCCUCGAUUCAUUUACAUUCGAUGAUCCAAUCGUAAAGAACCAUCAAUCAAAUUCACAGUCGUCAUCAACCUCCUCAUCUUUCAACCUGUCAUCGUUCAACGUUGGUGAAGAAUACAAUUGUCAAUGCACCGAUUGUCCUUAUCGAAAACAAGCAGAACAAUUGAUACUACUCUCUCCCAUCAUGUCAUUCCACUCUCCCAUUCAAGUUCUAACACCAUCCACUCCGAGAUCACCAUCUGAAACACCUCUAACCAAUGGAAAUAACUCGACAACGCUUGGCGAUGAUAUUGAAAUAAUAGAAACAAUUACCACAUCUUUAGAAUAA